AUGCUGUUCACGGAAAGCCAUGUGGAUGUGCAGACAAAGGCGGACGGGAAAGAGUCUACUAUGAGAAUCUUUCUUUUCCAUCCGACGAUCCCGCAGUACCCCAAUGCACGGUUCCCCGCUGUUGCAGUGUUCAGCGAGAUCUACCAGGUCACUGGUCCGGUUGCAAGAUUUGCUCGCCAGAUUGCCGGCCAAGGAUACAUCGUCGCUGCCCCUUCAUCAUACCAUGACUUUACCGGUCCUGAGCCGCUGGCGUACGAUGAUGAGGGUACAAACAAUGGAAACGACUGGAAGAUCAAGAAGACCCUCCAGUCAUACGACGAAGACUCCCACAAGACCGUGGACUACCUGCUGAGCCUUCCCACCUGUUCCGGACGCGUAGGGGUUACCGGGAUGUGCUUGGGAGGUCACCUGUCUCUUCGAGCAUCCCUCGACCCCCGCGUAAGCGCCUGCGUCGCCUUCUUCGGCACCGACAUCCACAGCCGCACCCUAGGCCCGUACGACAAAGCCAACACGUCGACCGAGGCCCCGCCCAACAGCAACCACACGCUGGACCGGCUCCACGAGAUCAAGGGCGAAGUCGCCAUGAUCUUCGGCAUCAAGGACACCCAUGUGCCGGGCCCCGGCCGCGACCUAAUCCGCCAGAAGCUGCGAGAUGCCGGCACCGUCUUUAGUUUCUACGAGUUCGCCUGGGCCCAGCAUGCCUUUGUCCGUGAUGAGUUGAGCAAGGGCCGCUAUGAUCCCGCCAUCACCAAGAUUUGCUUCGAGGUCUUGCUUGAGCUUUUUGGGAGAACGUUGAAGACGGAUUUGGGGACCAGGGAUGACACACCUGAGAAGAUUGAGCAUGUCUGCUAA